GCCCUCGUCCCCGAAGAUGGCAGUGGUUCCCGUGACGUCGGCAGUGCUUGGCCCCGGGCCUUUGCCACAGUCUCCUGUCGCAACCAGCUGGGGCUGGAAGCCAGCGACACAGGUGGAGGACCGUCGAUACGGCCCCGUCAAAUCCGAGCCCUUGGUACGCAAGGAUUCCAUGGCCUUCGUGUGCCGUGAGGGCCUGCCCCUUGAUUACGGUGCAGUGGCAGAGGACGUGUGGAAGGACUUCGAUGCAUCCCUGAGCAAGCUGGCAAACGAGGCGGCCUUCCUCCGUGGGAUGCUCAAGGCCCUGGGCCGCGAGGCCAAGGGCCGAGGCGACGUUCCUCGCUUGCCGAGCUCGAAGCUGCUACCGAUGCCUGUUUGUAAGGAUAUGGUCGUCGAGGAGAGGACCAAGUUGAUCGAACCCAGUGCAGGAGGCUUGAAGGGCCGGCUCCGAGAAAACCGCAGCCCCCGCUCCGUUCGUCUGGGCAAGGUUGUGGUGCAAACAUACCCCGCGAACAAGGAGAUCAUCGAGGACGGCCACGCUCCGCAGCCGCCGGAGAAGGAAGCGCCGACGCGUGUGCGCAGACCUUUCGGCGAUGUGAACCUGAACAUGAACUCGAUGCCGUUCAGGGCAGAGAAGAACUUCGCAGGAUGGAUGGAUGUGGACCUCACAGAGUCUGGCAAGAAAGCGGCAGCAGAUGCUGGAAAGUGGCUGGCGCUUAUGGAGUCGGACAAUGUCACCCUGCCCAUCAUCAACUCCUGGCGUCUCAAUGAGCGGCACUACGGUGAGCUGGGCCGGGUUGCCCCUUUGCCCACGCUUCAGAUCAACUACCAUUGGUGGGCAUGGGGAGAGCCAUGGAUGUUCGAGCGGGGUAACCGUUUCGAUGCGAGAUGGCUCUACAUGCUGCUUGGAAGCGCUCACCUCGGUCGAAGCCGCUGGAACUUCUGCCGUCCAGGGGUGUUGCGAUCUGCUUGUCACUGA